AUGUCAGCCCAGACCCGCCGUCAACCCGACGAUGACGAGGUCCAAUACCUCGGAUUCCAGCGCGUCGACGUAGAGAAGAGCGAGGUCCACCGGACGAUGCUCGAGGAAGACGGUCUGGUCUUUUGCGGGUUCCACAACACGCAGGACUAUUCCGGUCGUUCACCGCCGCCACAUAUCAAGCAAACACGGGCACCGGUGGUGAUUGAUCUCGUCUCUUCGGAUGACGAAGACAGCUCGGAGCUUGCCGUGUUGACCGCGGCGGGCAGUUCGUCUUCUUCGGGCGCCCGGAGCACUAGAACCAGCAAGCGUUUGGCUGUUAAGGUGAAAAAUCGGCAAUACUCCCAAGGGGGCCCUCGCUCACCAGCCCCUUCUCCGUCCUCGCGGUCUACCCUCGGCAAACGCGGCAGACGGUCCACUUUUAAAGAGUCCACGAUCCCCACCGUGAACAAACAACAACGCAAGGACGCGAUGCGCCAGAAGACACGGCGACAGCGAUCGCGCAACCAGCCCGCUGAACGCUCGGCCUCGCCCUCGACCACAGUGUUAUGA